AUGCGGGAAUUUCUUGCCCAUAAAAUCCACGCUUCCGGUUUUGAUGAAAAGAUAAGAGGAAAUAGUGAAGAAGAAGAGAAAUUUGUGAAAGAAUGUUGUGAAAUGUUUGGAAUGAAGAUAGAAAGGGAAAAGAUGGUACCAAAUAAAGGAAAGAGGGCAAUUGCAAAACUGGCUGUAAAUAACCUUUGGGGGCGUUUUUCACUAAGAAAUCAGGGAUUUACUCAAACUCACAUCACCGACGAUCUAGCUGAACUCGGGGAAUACAUUCACAACAAUUCAAUAGAAGUUGCAGCAAUUGAAGAAUUAAACAGCGAAACAUUGAUGAUACGCUAUUCAAAGAAGAAGGAAUGGAUAGAAGAACAUGAUAGCUCAAAUGUGGUGAUUUCGUUAUGGACAACCUCCGCCGCACGCUUGCACCUCCUGAAGUUGAUGCAAAAAGUGGUACGAACGCCUGGUUGUUCACUACUUUACACUGGUAUUUUUUCUUAA